CGCAAAUAUCGGGUGCCAAUACUGAUUAAUAGCAUCUUUUUCUGACUUGCACGUAUAGUACCCCGUUGUUUGUUGUAUCUGGUCUGUUACCACGGCAGUCCUCGAGGCGGCAGAUUCCCUGAUGCUCUUCCCGCCAAAGUUCUUACUCGCCAUAGAAUAAGGUCCUCGGCCUUUGACCGAUGGACGAGGCAGUGCCCUCCCAACCGAUACUGACUGUGCAAGUCCCAGUCAGCUUGGCGCCCAUAAGUCAGCCCGAGUUUAUAAAUGAGCAGAUCCUCGCUAUCGUACUAUCUCCUAUGCUUAGGUACAGAGUACGGAACGUUUACCUUCAAUGUGGUCAUAUCAUCAACCUCCCUGACAAAAUCAUCCGAUGCGAAGAGUCUAAAUGCAAGUUUAGUCUAUUCCAUCCUGCGAAUUGCAAACCCCCAGUUUGUCGGCGUACUUGCUGGCAAUACCUUCGAUAUCCGGAGCAGUAUAGUAUGCCUUGCGAUUCCCGUUCUUUUCACGCUAAUACUUAUGAUAGCCCCCAACAUCAGAGGGUGUUGUCCCUCCUGCUACCAGGAAACGCGAUAUCGGGACGAAAGGUUUACCCCAGGCACUAUUAAAACAUGAUCUGCAGGGGUACGGAUGUCCCUGAUCUCUGUGGUGCCUGAAGGUACCGUGUGACGAUGAGCCAGUUUCGGAUUCAAAAAAGUUGAUUGUACGCCGUCGUGUAAUAUGAUUAUGAAUGAGAAUCUUCAAAGUACAUUUGCUUUCUGAGCUCGGAUAGAUUGGGGGUCGUCCAGGUCCAAACGCUCGAGUUUCUUAUCUUAAUAUUAAAUAAUGAUUUUAACAA